CUCUUCAUAACUACAGUUAGUUUUUUUUAUUUAAAAAAAGGACCAGUUCUCUUUCUACAUGACAGCUAAACUACCAGGACAGAGCAUGCCAUCUUCACCAACACACAGAAUCCUGCGACCCCUCCUGCUCGGCACGUUCCUGCUGGGCUGCUUCGUGACCUUGUUCCUCAUGUACAUCAAGCCAUCCACCAGCUGGCUGUCGGGCCCCGUGGAGUCCGAGACGUCGACGGCCCGCGUGAAGAGCCUGCUCUCCAACAGGAGCGAGCAGAACCAGACCACGGUGCUCGUCUGGCUCUGGCCCUUCGGCGAGACCUACGACCUGAACGUGUGCGGCUCGCUGUUCAGCAUCGACAACUGCUUCAUCACCGCCGACCGCAACCUCUACAACAAGUCAGACGUGGUGGUGAUCCACCACAGGGACAUCAGCUCCGACCUGUCAAACAUGCCGCCGGCGUAUCGGCCCCCGCUGCAGAAAUGGAUCUGGAUGAACCUGGAGUCGCCGUCGCAUUCGGCCCAGCUGCCCGGCAUCGAGAACCUGUUCAACCUGACCCUGAAUUAUCGCCAGGACGCCGACAUCGAGGUGCCCUACGGCGCCAUCGUGCCCUCUCAAACAGACGAGGCGUUCGUCCCGCCCAGCAAGACCAAGCUCAUCUGCUGGAUCGUGAGCAACUGGAAUCCGGAUCACGUCCGGGUCAAGUACUACAACGAGCUGUACAAGCACGUGGAGAUCCACGCUUACGGUCAGGCGUUCGGAGAGUACGUCUCCGACCAGGACUACUUCCCAACCAUCGCCAGCUGCAAGUUCUACCUGGCCUUCGAGAACUCCAUUCACAAGGACUACAUCACAGAAAAACUGUACAACCCGCUCUCGGUUGGCACCGUACCCGUGGUUUUGGGGCCGGCCAGGGAGAACUAUCAGAACUACGUCGAAGGAGGCGCCUUCAUCCACGUGGAUGACUUCUCCUCUCCCAAAGAGCUGGCCGAGUAUCUUUUAUUCCUGGAUAAGAACGAGGAGCUCUACCUGAGGUACUUCGACUGGCGUAAACACUUUAAAGUGAAGAAGGCCUAUUUUUGGGCGGAGCACACCUGCCUGGCGUGUGACUACGCCAGAAGACACAAUGAGUACCGGGCGUUUCAUAAUCUCGACAAGUGGUACUGGGGUUGAUCUGGGUGUCUGUGGACGUCUGGAUGUAAGGGGAUUGUUUACAUGGUGCCCGAUGAUGGAGAGAAUUGAUUUACUGUCUUUUCUGGACCCUUGAAGAGAUUUUUUGACAUACGCAGGUCUUAAAUUAAUUUGGUUAGAUUCCGUUAACUGCUAACCAGUCGCGAUUAGUCGAUGGGCACACAGACACGACCAAAAAUAAUAGACAACAAAUAAAAGC